GGCAGGGGUGGAGGUGGGGUAAGAGGCAUUCUUUCACUCCUGGGCUGGGAGAGUGGGACCCAGGCCCCAGACUCCCACCUCCCAUCUUUUGGCCAGGCUGCCUCAUGAAAGGCCAUGAACCCAGCUGGAACCUGCUACCUCAGAGCUGGGCCUGCUCUUUGGGGGAGGGGUGUUUGCUGGUUGCCAGGCACCCAGGUUCCGGCCUCUGGCAGUAGUCACAGCCAUGCUGAACACACUGUUCUUACUGUCACUGCUCCUCCUGGCGAUGCCUGCCCUGACCCAUGCCUGGUCACGGCCCCUCUGGUACCAGGUGGGGAUGGACUUGCAGCCCUGGGGGUGCCAACCAGACAGGCUGGAGGGUUGUAGGGGCAGCCUGGGCUGUCCUGGCUAUUGGAUGGGCCUGGGAAGGAACCGCAUCUACCCCGUGGCUGGAGUCACUAUCACCACCACCGUGAUGCUGGUGAUCAGCCGUGCGAUGCUACAGCGGUAUCGUUCCCAGGACACUAAGGGUGAGCAUCCACAGGUAACCACUGGCCCCUGUGCACCCUGGAAACGGCGGGCCACAAUCUCAGACCGCACCUUACUCCUUGGGGUCCUUCACGUGCUGGAUGCCCUCCUGAUCCAGGUCGAGGGCCACCUACAGCGUCUAGCUUCCCAGCGGCAAAUCCAAAUAAAGGGGACGCUCACCCAGUCUGGGUGA